GAUGGGUUUGACAGAGUUGUUGGCCUCACUGCAGACAAACCCCUAUUUCGGGGCCGGCUUUGGCUUAGUUGGCGUAACGGCCGGUCUGGCCAUUCUUCGAAAGGGUUUUAUGCUCAGUGGCCACGGUUUUCAGCGGUACGCUCUGACCACAUGUGAAGUGAACAGCAAAGACAAGAGUUUUCAAUGGCUGUUGGCCUGGAUUUCCCGACAGUCGCGAAACGCUCAACACGUGGCCGUCAAUACAGACUUUAUUGAGGACGAAGUUGGACGGGUCAGCUCACAGUUCGGGUUUGUUCCGGCGCCGGGAAUUCAUUUCUUUCGCUAUAAUCACCGUAUAUUCAAAUGUGAACGAAGACGGGAACAAAUGGACGCAUUGGCCGGAGUUCCCUAUGAAGUGGUGACACUAACAACACUAGGAAGAGACAAAAGUGUAUUUUAUGAGAUCUUUGGUGAGGCCAGAGAUAUUGCACUUAAAGAUUGCGCCGAUAAAACAGCCACUUAUAUAGCUUACGGACACGAGUGGCGACCAUUUGGUCGGUCGAGACCAAAGAGACCCAUAGAUUCGGUCAUUUUGGCCGAUGGGGUCGCAGAAAUAGUCACAAAUGAUUUAUAUAAUUUUAUUACAUCAUCCAAAUGGUAUCACGAAAGAGGAAUACCAUAUCGUAGAGGAUAUCUAUUUCACGGCCCGCCGGGCACUGGAAAGUCGUCUUUCAUUUUUUCAUUGGCCGGACUCUUGCAUUACUCUAUAUGUGUACUCAAUGUUUCCGAUCAAUCCCUUACUGACGACCGUCUCAUUCAACUGUUAAACACUGCACCAAAAGAUGCCAUUGUAUUACUUGAAGACAUAGACGCCGCCGCUGUCUCUCAUAGUUCCCAAACUAAUAGCAAACGAUAUGAAGGGCUGACUCGAGUUACAUAUUCAGGACUUUUAAAUGCAUUGGACGGCGUUGUGGGCAGUGAUGGACGUAUUGUUAUGAUGACCACUAAUCAUAUACAUCUGUUAGACAGUGCAAUGACACGUCCGGGAAGGGUUGACCUCAAAGUGCUUAUCGAUAACGCGACCGACAAUCAAAUCAGACGCGCUUUCUGUAGAUUUUAUCCAAACAAUAGUGAUUUAACUGAAAAAUUUUUAGCACACGUUAGGAGUGAUUCAAAUCCGGUAUCAAUGGCUAGAAUUCAGGCGCACUUCUUGUUGUUCAGAGAUAGAGCUGAAGAGACUUUAGCACAUCCAGUGUUAUAAUAGGAUGUCUUUAUAUUUUAUGAUAAAAAUCAUGUAAUUUAGUGUCAAAUUAAUAUAUACACGUUUUCU